UUCAAAACACACACUUCUCACAAGCUCUCUUCUCUCUACAAAGAAAUACCCUCUCUAAUAUUCUUUGGAUAGAGAUCAAAAGGUGUUCUUGUGGGACUUUGAGCUAACCAACUGAGUGCAAGUUUGAGUUAGCUAUAGGACCGAUUUCGACUGUUGUAUCCCAGAGGAGUCGAGCCAAGAGAAUUCUGGUGCACCUAUUCUGAAGCAAGAACUGCAGAAGGCUCAAAUCUUCUUGAAGAAAGCGAGAUACCCAUGCCUUAGUCCACUACGGUCGAAGUUGUAUUUUUAUAUUAUUUUGUACUCCUGCACCAAAAAUUUCAAGGAGAUUCGAGCAUGAAACCUGCAUAAGAUAAGCCCACCGAGAAUGUUGGACACUUGAAGCUAUUCCGCUUCAAGGGUGUCAACUUCAAGCGUUGGAAAGGGAAGGUGAUGUGUUCUACCUAAACCUUCUCAAGGUAGCUUAUGUCCUCACCGAGAAGAAUCCCAACAAAUGGUCUGUCGAUGGGAUGAACGAUGAAGAUCUUGGUAAGCAUCUUGAAAAAUGUGAUAAAGAUGAUAAAGAUGCUUAUAAUUGUCGUCAAUAUCUUCUCAAUUGCCUAGCGGAUCAAUCUAUGAAUAUUAUGAUGCUACUUAUAAAUCUGCUACGAAGAUUUGGAAGGCUUUACAAUUAAAAUAUGAUACCGAGGAAGCUGGAGCAAAGAAGUAUACUGCUACCUAUUUCUUCCGAUACCAAAUUGUGGAGAACAAGUCCAUGGUGGAGCAAGCCUGAGAAUUUCAACUAUUAGCAGCUGAGGUGCGAUCCAAAGGCAUAAAUUUGUGUGACAAUCUCAUCAUGGCGGGAAUUUAUGGAAUUAUAGACAAGCUACCUCUCAGUUGGAAGGACAACCAAAAGAACUUACGCCACAAGAAAAAAGACUUGACUGUGGAGGAGCUCACAACUCAUAUUCGAGUGGAGGAGGAGGCAAGGAGCCAAGAUGCAAAAAUGUUACAAGAAGACAACAAAAGUAAGAACAUUUUCGUCACUACAAAGAUUCCAGAAACGUACGCCUGCUUCGCAAGCUAACGUGACCAAGGAGCCCUCAGUGGCUAUGAUUACAGACAUGAACAUGGUUCAAAGUGUGGAAGGAUGGUGGGCAGACUUUGGUGCUAAUAGGCACGUCUGCUAUGACAAGGAUUGGUUCAAGAAGUACACUCCUUUUGAGGAGGAAAGGUCAAUAAUGCUUGGUGACUCCAGCAAGACAAAAGUACUUAGUAGUGGAGAUGUUGAGCUAAAUUUCACCUCUGGACGUGUACUUACCCUCAAAGAUGUGCUUCACAUGCUAUUAAUGAGGAAGAAUAUGAUGUCGUGUUUCCUACUCAACGAAGCUGGUUUCAAAUAAACUAUUGAGUCUGAUCAAUUUGUAAUCACUAGGAAAUGUUUAUUUGUUGGUAAAGGAUAUGCAAGUGAUGGAAUGUUUAAGUUGAAUGUUGAUGAUAAUAAAGCAUCUGGUUUUGUUUA